CAGCAAGAUGAACAAGAUAUUGGUGGUUCUCCUGGCCAUCGGGUCAUCAUCCGUGCUGUCCCUCGAGGUGCAGACCGACCUGGGACGCGUGCGGGGAGCUAAUCUCACCUCCAGAUUGGGCUUACCCUUCUAUGCCUUUCGGGGCAUACGCUAUGCCGAGCCGCCGUUGGCUAAUUUGCGUUUCCUGAACCCCAAGCCAGUGAAGCCUUGGUCGCCCACUGUCUUCGAUGCCACCGAAGAUGGACCGAUGUGUCCCCAGCCGUGGGAAAAUCUUACAGAUGUCUCCGAGGACUGUCUGCGGCUCAACGUCUACACAAAGGAUGUCCAGGGUCGCCGGCCAGUGAUUGUGUUCUUACAUCACGGCGGCUUCUAUGUGUUCUCUGGCCAGAGCAAGUAUCUGGCUGGGCCGGAGCCCUUCAUGGACAGAGAUUGCGUUCUGGUGGCGCUCAAUUAUCGCCUGGGAAGCCUUGGAUUCCUGGCCACCGGCACAGCCGAGGCGCCGGGCAAUGCCGGGCUCAAGGAUCAGGUGCUGGCCCUGCGCUGGAUCCAGCAGCACAUCCAUCGCUUCGGUGGCGAUCCCCAGCAGGUGACCCUGCUGGGCUACAGUACGGGAAGUCUCAGCAUAGGCCUCCACAUGCUGUCGCCCAUGUCGCGGGGUCUCUUCCACCGCGGGAUUUGCAUUAGUGCCUCGCCCUAUGGCCAGUCCAAGUAUCAGAGUUCGGAAUUACAGUUGGCCCAGCGGCAGGCCAGGCUACUGAAGUGUCCAGAGGAGCCUGCAAAGGAUCUGGUUGAUUGCCUGAGGCAGAAGCCCGCCCUGGACUAUGUGAGCUCGUACAAUGGCAUGUUUGAGGUGGGAUGGAGUCCCGUGCUUAACUGGCAUGUGGUCAUCGAAGAGGACUUUGGUCAAGAGCGUUUUCUGGUAGAGGAUCCUUUUAAGACCGCCCUUAGGGGCAAUUUCUACAAAGUUCCCCUGAUCACGGGCAUCACGGAGUUCGAGUUCUUCUCAGCGGCAUUCUAUGAUUUGCGAAACGAGAGCAUCAUUGGCAACUACAACAGGGACAGGGAGCACUAUGCCCCGAUUGCUGUGGCCGAGCGCGGCACGAAUCACUCACGUAAUGUCAACAAAUUGGAGUAUCCGCAAUCCCACAAGGCCUGGGGCGAACUCAAUAGCGAUGCCGUGAUUGGUAUGGCCUUUUAUCGUUUUGUACGCCUGAUGGCACCACACACACCCAUCUAUACGUAUCUGUUUCGCUAUAAGGGCAGAUAUAGCUUCCUCAAGAAUCCGGAUAAUCAACAGGCCAUGGGAGCUGUCCAUCACGAUGAACUUAUAUAUCUGUUCCAUGUCUCUCUGGAGAGUCCUCUUCUGAAGCGUGAGGAUCCCGAGAAUCAAAUGGUAGAGCGCCUCACACGCAUGUGGUUUGAGUUUGCCGCAAAGGGGGAUCCCCACAACAAGACCGAUGAGUACUUGAAAGACCUGCAUUGGCCUCUGUAUAAUGAUAAAGAUAAAUCUUACCUGGAAAUCGAUACACAAUUGACAGCCAAAACUGGUGGCUUUAAUCUGGAGAGAUAUCAGAUCUGGGAUGAGCUGUUUCCCUUGCCAACUUCGUAGGUAAACUAAGGGUAUAUAAAAAGGUAUAUUAAAGUUAGAUAUGCCAAAAGGUUUAUUCGAUAAAUAUUCAACAAAUCAAAUAUGAUAUACUGCAUAUAUA